UUUAUUUUCAUUACAAAUUCAUCUUUUUCCUUCAUUUUUUUCGCCUUUUCCACCGAACAUCUUCAUCCACCUAGGGUUUUCUCCAUCAUAUUUCCUUUUCCUUCAAUUUCAACCGUUUAAAAGCUUUUCUCACCGAUUAUUUCCACUUUCCACCAUUUAAACCUUCAUUUCCACCAUUCAAUCAUUGUUCUACACCGAUUAAUCGGUUCAAUCUCUCUUUUCAAGUGUUUAAUCGGUCCAAAAUCGAGUUCUUCCUCCUUUUAGGUUUUCCAUCGAACAAAACCUAAGUCCUUGGGUUCUAGUGUGUCCUUUCUCGUUUUGUUUUACUUUGUGGCAUGUUUCCUUUUGCUUGGAUCAUGUGUUUAGUUGUGCAGGGGCUGUUUUUGGAAGUGUAGAUUUGUAAAAUCUAGUUGCGCCAAUCUCUUCCUUUGUAGGCUUGUUGUUUGGGUACUUCCAAUCAUGAAAUGAUUCACUUUUCUGUUAAACUUUGUGGUGGAAUUUUGUGAAUGUUGGAUAUCAACCAUUCAAGUGAAGGAAUGCACCAAUAGGAUUUAUGCUUUGGGAGCCUUUACUCAACCUUGAUGUCAAGAUCUUGGUGUGCCUCAGCUCUUCACAAUGGUCAAGGAGAACCAAGUAUGAGACCAUUUAUUGGCAAGACGCUGAUGAUAAUUACAAGAAGGCAGUAUAUUCCCAGCUUGAGGAGGAAGUUAAGAAGCUCAAGGGUUUUGCUGCCAGAUAUGGAAGCCUCUACUUAAAACUUCCCAAGAAGAGUAUGGAAAAGGGUACGAACUAUGCAAAGAAUGAAAUUCUUCGCCUAGACCGCAUGCUUGAGAAGGAAAACAUGGAUGAUAUUGCCUUAAUCUUGACGAUCGAUUGAAUUGCAUGUGAAUUGCAUGUAUAUCCAAACAGAGGCUCAAACACUAUUUGGGAGGAAAAGUGGAGCAGUUCUCCAAGGUACUGAUGUUGGUGGAUCCAUGAGGUUCGGGUUAGGCUCGUGACGUUAAACAAGCGCUUUUGGGAGGCAACCCAGGGAAAGUUUGGAAUCACACUGUGAGACUUUUGGAAGGCACCAAUUAAGUGAAGACUCUCCACAAAACAAUUUAGAAUUAAUUUAGCUUAGCUUAGCUUAGUAAUUUAGAAUUUGUAGAUGAACUUUUGUAUUGUGGGCUAAUUUUGUUAUAAUAGACUAAGCCCAACAGAAAAAUGGUGACAUGGCCCUAGGUUUUCCUUUAGAGGUGGACCCCACCACUUGGUCAAAAUUCUCAAACCUAGGAAUUCUCAAGAGAGUCGUCAUUUUGAUAUUCAGACUUUUAGCUUGGACACAGAGAUUUCUUGGCUCACGGUCCUUCGACAAUGGGAUGUGGUUAACGAUUUUAUUACAUGAAUGAAUGAGAGCACAUUUUUCCUUUUCCUUUGA